UUUCAGAUAUGGAUAGUCUUUUGGAAAUACAAAGUUACCAAAAAAAAACACGGCUACCCUUUCAAUGUCAGUGAAGAUCGAUCCUUCUUCAUUAUGUGCUUCUGUUGCUGCUGUUAAAUGUUGUGAUAUUUGCCAUUCAACUUCACUCCAACAAGAAGCACAAAUCUUGACAACUCUCAAAGGUUGUCCUUACGUCGUACAAUUUUUUGGAGCAGACGUCAGCAUCGACAAUAGUAAUAUUCCAACUUACAAUCUGUUUCUUGAAUAUGCAUCUGGUGGAUCGCUGCACGAUUUGAUCAACAAUUACAAGAGAGGAAUGAGAAAGAUGUCAGAAUUGGAAGUAGGUAUCUAUGCCUAUCAACUCUUAAAGGGCAUUCAACACAUUCAUAAGAUAGGGUGGGUUCAUUGUGAUAUUAAACCCGCUAAUGUUUUGGUUUUCAAUAAUGCUGAACGUGGUGGGAUGCACAAGUUGAAGUUGGCUGACUUUGGAUUGUCGUUGAGAGUUGCGGAAAGAAUGGCAUACAUGACUGGAAAAACAUUGAGCAAUCGAGGGACACUACUUUACGCGCCCCCAGAAUCUUUGACCAGUGGUUUUCAUUCCAAAGCUUAUGAUAUAUGGUCACUGGGGUGCACCGUGGCAGAGAUGAUGACUGGGAGCCGCGUUUGGAUUUAUCGCAACACUAAGGAUUUGCAAUCGCAGAUUAUGAAUGAAUACCCCAUGAUUCGGGGUAAUGUUUCUGAUAUUGCCAAAGAUUUUUUACAAAAAUGUUUGAUAAAGGAUCCUCUAAGAAGAUGGACGUCAGAACAACUACUCCAGCAUCCAUUUAUUCAGCAAGCUUUAUUAUGUAGUCGGAUGCAAGGGAGAACAGCAAGGGUUAAUCCAUUAGGUUGCCAAAUUCCAUUUCGAGGAUACAAUGAAGCGAAUAAGAUCACUGCAAAAGCACUUAUAUUAUAGGAGUAGUACCUUAGCAAGAUCUCAUGGGAUGUUACUUUGUAUUUCUUUCUAUCAAUAUGAAUAUGAAAUCAAUGGCUUUCAAACAUUACAAGAUGUAAUAGUAGCUUGUAGAGUGU